UGUCAAAGUGGAAAUUUCGCACCCAUCCAUCGGCAAUUCCCAAUAACCCCAUGCACAUACUCCGGAACUAUCCCUCCCGAGCUCCAUGGUGGUCAAUACGUUCGGAAUGGCGGAAACCCGAGCUUCGGUGACCAUCCAUCAGAAGACGUCCACAUGUUCGAUGGCGACGGUAUGCUGAGCGGCGUCUGGUUCCGACUCAAUAAUCAAACAAAAGAAGUUGAGCCGUGUUUCGUUAAUCGGUACAUUUUGACCGACGUUUAUCUCGGGGCCAAAUCGAUGCCUAGCCUAGAAUUGCCUAUACUACCGAGCGUCGCAACGUUGACUCAUCCAUGGAGGUCUACACUCUCGACAUUUUUCAAACUUUGCCGAUUUUUGGCUCUCGUAGCGUGGAGUUUCCUCGGUGCCGGCAAGCAUAAGAUUCGGAAAAUUAGUGUUGCGAAUACGGCUAUCCUCUACCAUGAUAAACGAGCCUUAGCAACGUGUCAAACGGGGCCGCCGAUGAGAGUUCAACUACCCAGUUUGGAUACUGUUGGUUGGUUUAAUGGAUACUCAGCUGUCAAUGAAGACAAAGUUUCGCAAUCAGAUAAGGAUGGCUUUGGCUGUACUGGAGCCUUUGGCUUCCUAAAAGAUUGGACAACGGCUCAUCCUCACGUCGAUCCAGUCUCCGGUGAUCUCAUAUCCUUCCAAUCAUCCUUCCUACCACCAUUCGUGUGGUACUCUCUCAUCCCCAAAUCAACAACUAAAACUCAAGAACCUCCAUUACACUCCCCAGUCCCAGGUGUAUCAAUCCCAAAACUAAUGCACGACUUUGGCGUUUCCCCAACUCACACGAUCAUCCUCGACCUCCCAAUGACCCUCGAUCCGACAAACAUGCUCCGCAGAAGACCAAUAGUCCACUACGACCGAACCUCACCAUCGCGAUUUGGCAUUUUCCCCCGACGCCACCCCGAGCAAGUCCGAUGGUUUGAGACGGAGACGUGUUUCAUUUUUCAUACAGCUAGUACGUGGGAUGAGCUCGAGCAAAGCCACUUGAAUGAUUCCCAUGUUCAAGCCGUGAAUAUGGUUGUUUGUCGGUAUACGAAUGGUAAUAUGCUUUACUCCAUGGGUGCUAUCGAGCCGGUGGAGAAAGAAGAGUGUGAUAGCAAAGUCUAUUAUUACCGAUUCCUUCUCUCAAACACGAAGGAGAAUAUUAUCGCGCAUCAAUGGGGUUUAUCCGCUAUUCCCUUUGAGAUGCCAAUCGUUCCAGCAACCCCCUCGAGCACGGGUCCGAAAUUCAUUUACGGCUGUUCCUCGCGGCUCGCGAUAUUCGGCGCUGAAACGGGUGAACCUAUGAAGGUGGAUUGUCUCGUUAAAAUGGAUAUCCAGACAUUGAUCAAGCAGGGGAAGGAUGAGGACAUCGAAUCCAUCGAUGGCUGUGUUGACAAGAGAACUAUACAAGCGAUAAUGUCCAGCGACGAUCCGGAAGAUCCAAUCAAGAUAUUCCAAGCCCCGGAGGGGUGGCACGCACAAGAACCUCAAUUUGUCCCGCGAGACAACUCGAAGGCGGAAGAUGAUGGGUAUCUCUUAACUUUGAUGUUUGAUGAAUCUCAACUCGAUACAGAUGGAGAUGCUACGGAGGGUGCCAGGAGUGAGCUAUGGAUUAUCGAUGCACGAGAUAUGACAACUGUUAUUGCGAAGAUCUUACUUCCACAGCGUGUUCCCUAUGGGUUUCAUGGUCAUUGGUUUAGAAGACAAGAGCUUGAAGAGCAGAGACCGUAUGUUCGGUUACGGACAGACCCGGGGGAAUCGAGAGGGAAUUGA